CUGCUUCCUCUGCCGCGCCGGCGUUUAAACAGACCGGAAGUGAGGGCGUCCGACUUCCGGCCGUUGAACUCUACGAAGCCGAGUGUCUGCGAUGGCGACCAAGCGCCUGGCACGGCAGCUUGGAUUAAUUAGGAGAAAGUCACUUACACCAGCAAGUGGAAAUCUAGGAGGAAGCAGAUUCAAACAGUUGUAUGACUACUUAAUUGUCGUUGAUUUCGAGUCUACCUGCUGGAAUGAUGGGAAGCACCACAGUAGCCCUGAAAUAAUUGAAUUUCCAGCAGUUUUGUUGAGUACAGCAACUGGAGAAAUUGAAUCUGAGUUUCAUGCUUAUGUUCAGCCUCAAGAACAUCCAAUUCUUUCUGAGUUUUGCACAGAACUGACAGGAAUAAAACAGGCUCAAGUUGAUGAAGGAGUUCCCCUGAAGAUUUGCUUAUCCCAGUUCUGUAAAUGGGUCCAUAAGCUUCAGCAGCAGAAGAAGAUCAGUUUUGCUACUGGGGAUCCAGAGCCUUCUACUUCUCAAGUGAAACUGUGUGCUUUUGUUACUUGGUCAGACUGGGACUUGGGCGUUUGCCUAGAGUAUGAGUGUAGAAGAAAGCAGCUGUUAAAACCGGUGUUCUUAAAUUCUUGGAUUGAUCUCAGAGCAACUUACAAGCUUUUUUAUAAGAGAAAACCCAAAGGACUGAAUGGUGCCUUGCAGGAAGUGGGAAUAGAAUUUUCAGGACGAGAACAUUCUGGCUUAGAUGAUUCUCGGAACACUGCUCUUCUUGCCUGGAAAAUGAUCAGAGAUGGUUGCCUAAUGAAAAUUACCAGGUCCUUGAACAAGGUUCUCACUAAGAAGAAUACCAAGAUUUUGCCCAGAAAUUUGGUUACAGAUCAAGUUGAAGAAGCAACUGCCUGCAACAUUAGUAUCCAGGGUCCCAGCAUAUAUCAAAAGGAGCUCCAAAGUACAGUAAAUACAAAGGAAAGUGCUCAAAUGAAUUCAGUUUGUGUGAAUUCCUGUAUAAAAGGCCAGUUACAACUAAAAAGCAACACGAAAGCAGAUCUUUAUAAUAUUAAGCAUAGCUUUCCUCUUUUCACUACCAAGUCAUCAACAUCAGUGGAACAACUGCAUUCUCCCACCUUGAAUCUACCUCUCUAUAUGCCAAGUAAAAGUGAUCAGCUUACAUCAAAUGACAGCUCAAAAUCUUCAACACUUAACUCCAACUUGGUACUUGUAUCUACAACCAUUCCGUCUGUUAAUCUUGUUUCUGAUAUAGAAAUGGGUCGUACUCUUGACUCUUUACCGAUGUUGGCUGAGUGGGAAGAUGUAGUUUUACUGCCAGCAUCUCAGGCUGAGCCAGACACAGACUGUAUGCCUCCUAUUAGUGACACAAAUGUGGAUACUUCAUUUAAUUCUGCAGAAAGAUCACUUGUCUCAGAAGAACCAGAAACCCUUAGUCACGAAAACUUUGAAGACCUUAAGGAAACUCCUGAAAACUCUGAGACAUCUAAGUCUAUUGUGUAUAAGAGUCCUCACAGUACAGUCUAUAAUGUAAAAGGAGGCAAACACCCAAGUUCAGAUGCCUCUGCUUUUAAGACACCCAAAUGCAAACCAUUUCCUUUCACCAGUGUUCAUGCAAAUGCAUCACAUCCUUCAGUUCUGAGGAAACAACCUCUCAUUUCAGGUGGUAUUAAAAGGAAUUCAUUUAGUCCCCCAGCUUUCCCACGAGCCAAAAAGCAGACCGUCACUAUUCAUGAAGAAAAGUCGGCAUCAUCUGUUUGCUCCCCAGGAACAACUUCUUGUAAAGUUUCUCCCUCUGUAUUAACAUCCACAGUUAAUCUACAAGAGCCUUGGAAGACUGGAAAGAUGACACCCCCUCUAUGCAAGUGUGGCAGAAGAUCUAAGCGACUCACUGUUUCUAAUAAUGGGCCAAACCAUGGGAAGGCCUUCUAUUGUUGCCCUGUUGGGAAAUACCAAGAAGACAGGAAAUGCUGUGGUUAUUUUAAAUGGGAACAAACACUUCAAAAAGAAAGAACCAAUGGCAAAGCUCUGUCUCAUUCUUCAGAAGGACUUACUUUCAGCUCUCCAGAAACAAGCCAUAUUCAUGACAGAAAUUUAAGUUUUCCUAUUAAAAAUUCUUUACGACUCAGACCUUCAAUGAGACAUUGAUAAAACUAUCUUCUAAACUGCCUUUUACUUCAGUGUAAGCCUUCUCUGACUUUUAUGCAGGAAAGAUCGCAGUUGGGUUUAUGUUACGCAGCCUCAGUAUAUCUGAGCACUGCAGCUACACUGGAGUAGUUCAUACAAACAGAAGGGAGGUGUCUUGAAUGAUGUGCACUCUUGCCAAGUAGUUGUCUAUCAGCUGUCAUCUGUUCAUGUAGCAGUCCUUGUUUGUAGAUUUCCAAGCAUGAGCAUUUAGAUCAUGUCAUAUAUUUCAUGUAUUUACAUUUGCAAGUUGAUCAAACUAUCAUAAAGAACUACAAGGAAAAGCUAUUUUUACAAACCAUAUUUAUUAGGUUAAAUUUAAUAACUAUCCAUAGAGCAUGACAACUGCGUCUUAUACUUUGACCUUCAAACAAAUUUUGAACUAUUUUUAAAUUACUUGAAUAAAAAUAUGACUAGUAAAGUUCUUACUCAACUUUUAGGUAAAUAUUCUACGAAUCAUGACAAUUUCCUAAAAAUAGGGUUCUUUUCAAAGAUUGAAGAUUUGUUCUGAUUUAUAUAUUAGCAUAUUAGAAUUGUUCAGUUAAGUUUUGAAAACCUAUGAGGCAGAGAUUUAGUUUAGAAACUGCUCCUAAAAUAAGUUUUAAGACAUAUCAGCCUCUGAUGACAUUCAUUUUAUGUUGGCAAAUUACAGGAACAGUGACAUGAACUCAGAAGGAUUCAGUGAUUAUUUGAUUUCAAAAUUCAGCCUUUGAUGUCAUAACUACAAAAUACUUUAAAUCCAGUGCAGUCUGCCCACAUAAUCUGUGGUUCCUGUAGACUCAUAGACACUGUAUUUAUAGAUAGAUAUGCAGGGGAUGAGU